GUGUAAAAUGGCGCACAGCUGUCGGUGGCGGUUCCCCGCUCGGCCCGGAGGGAGCAGCAACUCCGGUACCGGGAGGAGAGCGGGCCGAAUCAGGGUUACUGCCUCUUUGCGGAGUGUCUCGGGAGCCCACCCUAACGCAGCUGGGCUCGGACCCGGGUUUGAUGCUGCACUACAGGUCUCCUCGGUUAUCGAGAGCAACCUGCAGAAAUUUCGGGAUGUUUUGGGGGAAUCGAGCGACUCGAGCAGCGCGGAGGAAGAAGCAUUUGGAGGAUUUGGAACAGUUGCUGAACAGAAGCAAAUACACAGCCCUUCAACAACUUCUUCAGCAGGCCCACCCAUACAGGAGAAGAAGCCCAGAGGCCGUCCCCCACGUGCCCUGACUGCCCAGAAAGCUGCUGCAAGUCUACCUUCCCCCUCGUCCCUUCCCUCCCCUACACAGGCAAACUCUGAGGGCCCUGAAAGGCCAGCAGAGAAGGUGAGAAGACUGCCUGGGAGGCCACCAGGCUCUGGGGAAAAGAGAAGAGGCAGACCUCCUUCUUCAAGUAGCAAGAAAGCCUGGAGUACAGGCAGCCAUGCAGCAGGGGAAGACAGUAGGCAGGGUGGGUUUGAGUUGGGCGUGGACACAGAGGAGGACAAAGACAGAAAAGGCACCAAGAGACUGCCAGUGGGCUCUGCUCAGCCACAUGAAACUGAGGGAAAGCCUCCCAAAGGUGGACGGGGUGAAUCCAAAGUUACCAACCUGAAGAGGCUAACAGAGACUAAACUCAACCCUCUCAAGUCACGCCUCAAGACUUUACCUGGUGUACCCCGACGCAGACGUGGGCGACCGCCCUCAGCUGAGCGACUCAAAGCUGAAGCAGCAGCAGCAGCUGCUGCUGCACAGCUGUCUACCUCCAUUGAAUGUGGGGAAGGGAAACAUAAGGCCUUUAGGGUCAGGGGUGGGGACAGAGGCACAGAAUCACACACACCUCAGCAGUCCUCACUGAGGAAUGUGGAUGGUGCCGAGGACCAGGACUCUUCCAAUCCACCUGCCUCACCAUCUCCCUCCAAGCCAGGCAGGACAGUGGGCCUCAGAAAAAGUCCUCGCCAUCGAAAGCCUGUUAGAAUUGUCCCCCCUUCUAAACGCACUGAUGCAACCAUUGCUAAACAGCUGCUGCAGCGUGCUAAGAAAGGAGCGCAGAAGCGGCUGGAGAAAGAAGCUGUAGCCAUUGGGGGUAGUGGGGCAGGUACCAUUGAAGCUGGAAUCAGAAAGACCCAACUAAAGAACAUCAGGCAAUUCAUCAUGCCUGUAGUCAGCACUGUCUCCCUUCGCAUAAUCAAAACUCCCAAACGCUUCAUUGAAGAUGAGGGCAGUUUUGGAACACCACCACCCCAUACUAAGAUGGCACGGUUAGAAACAACCACCUCAUCUGUCUCCACAUCUGCCCAACCCGCCUCCACCACCUCCUCAUCCCCCUCUCCUGUACUUGUCUCCUCUACAUCUGCUGUUACUAGCACUGGUACCACUGCUCCAAUUGACUCCCUCCCCCCUCCUCCAUCUCCUGCCCCUAUCCCCACGGUUCCAUCAGCAGCUGCUAGUCUGCUCAACAAUAACACCAACAAUGCAGCCAACGGGCGAUUUAGCAGUAGCGCGCCAUCUUGCGGUUCAAGUGCUGUGUCACAGCAUUCCUCUCAGCUCUCCUCUGCAGAGUCUUCCAGGUCUAGCAGUCCAAGCCUGGAUGACUCAUCAUGCGACUCCCAGGGUUCUGAGGCCACGCAGGCUUUGUCAGAGCCAGAGGAUCAUUCUCCGUCCUCACAAGGAGAGAGGGAGGCCAACCUGUUGCACAGCUCGCGGCCUCCCUCUCCUCCCUCUGAACCAGAGCCAGAGCACGUGUUGGCCGAGAGGAGUCGACGAGGCCGGAGAGGACAGGGGGUUGGCCGGGGAAGUCAGAAACAGAGGGUGAGAGAGACUCUCACCACUGGGGCCAAAAAGCCGAUCAUCAGCCCACCUACAGGAGUGCUGAUGUCCUCCUCUACACUUGUAAAUUCCCAGCAAGCUUCAUCCACAGCCUCCUCCUCUUCCUCACCUCCACCUCCCCCCCUCCUGACCCCUCCACAACCUCCCCAGUCAGGUUCCUCCAAUACAACUGCUAUCAGUGAACACCACCCCCAGUCAUCCUGGAUGCCUCACCCCAUCCCACCAUUCCUGCCUGGACCGUCAGUGCUGUCCAGCUUGUCAGACAAACGAAGUCGCUCAAUUCUGAGAGAGCCCACCUUCCGCUGGACAUCCCUGUCCCACCCUAGACAGCAGUACUUUUCCUCUGCUAAAUAUGCCAAGGAGGGCCUCAUUCGCAAGCCCAUAUUCGACAAUUUCCGUCCUCCCCCUCUUACACCUGAAGACGUGGGGUUGUUGCCCCAAGGUGUUAGUGGAGGAGGGGGAGCUGCUCCAGUUGCAUUUCCAGCACCAGGCAGCGGAGCAGGAACAGGGACUCGUCUCUUUGCCCCUCUGCACCCACACACCCACCAUCAACAUCCCUCAUCAUCCCGCUUUGAUGCACCAAUCCAAAAGCGCAGCCCGUUGCUUCGUGCUCCACGCUUUACGCCCAGUGAGGCACACUCUCGGAUAUUUGAGUCUGUUACCUUGCAGUCAUCAUCUGGAAGCAGCCCUGGGUCUCUCUCCCCACACCAGACAUCCUCUAGCUCCAGCAGAACGUCGCGGCGCAGGAGACGACUGGUUUCGGGAACAUUACGUGGCCACCCACGUUCUCCAUCCCACUCAAUGACCAGACGCAGCAGCCAAAUAGGAGGCCAGAUAUCUGUGGGGAAAGGUGCCUCUGAGAUGUCUGUGCUGGCAGGGUCUGUCCCCAGUAGUAACUCCAGCUCUUUGCCAGGGGUUUCUUCAAGUCCACUAGCCACUAGUGCCUUAACACCUGCUUCUUUCAGCACCUUCUCCACUGUAUCGCGGAGUAUGGCCUCACAAGGAACACCUGAUAACAGAAGAGGGGCCACUGGAAACCCACCUCCUAUGUCAACUACAUCAUCUGCUUCUUCCCCACUUUUCCCCAUCUUUCCUUCCAGUGCCCAGGACACAGGGCGAGGAGCUGGCAAAGGAGGCAAAGAAAAAGGCUUGUCAGCUCCCCAGGAACCUGCUUCAAAGGAAAAAGAAAGGGAUUCUGAGAAAAACCGCGAGAAAGAGAAGGAAAAUAAGAGGGAAGGGAGAAAAGACCUGGAGAAAAGAAGUAAAGUUUCUACACCAGAUGGCUCCCCCAGUGCACCUUCCAGCUUGUUUACUGUGGAUGGGAGGGACUCAGAAGGUGCUCUCUUAUCUCUUGCUCCAAAAAAGGCUCCAGGGAGAAAAAAAUCAACAUCAGUUGACAUGGUUUCUGACACUACUUCCUCAGACGUGCGUGGGCUCCAUUCCACUGUUCCCGUGUCCAUUGCUAAAGGACGUCUGCCUAAGAAAGGCAGACCCUCUGAGAAAGGAGCAGAGAGUGAGGAUGGGGAGAAGGAGAAAGAGAAGCGAAGUACUCCUAGCCAGCAGACACCAAGCCUUCCAGGGCAGCCAGGCAGACAACAGCUCCCUGUCUCCUCUCUUGGAUCGAUGUUGGCACAAGCAGAGAAACAUCCUGUGACUGACAAGCGGGUAGUUGGACUACUGAAGAAGGCUAAAGCCCAGCUCUUUGAGAUAAAGAAGAAUAAGCUGAAGCCUGCUGAUCAGACCAAGGUCCAGGGUCAGGAGAGUGACUCGUCAGAGGCCUCAGUCCGUGGUCCUCGCAUCAAGCACGUAUGCCGGCGUGCAGCUGUGGCUCUUGGCCGUAAUCGGGCAGUGUUUCCUGAUGACAUGCCCACACUUAGUGCCUUGCCCUGGGAGGAGAGAGAGAAGAUCCUAUCUUCUAUGGGGAACGAUGACAAGUCAUCAGUAGCGGGCUCAGAAGAGGCAGAGCCUCAGUCCCCUCCUAUAAAGCCGCGGGAGACACGACAAAAGUCCGUUCAAGAAGCUCCCCCUAAGAAAGGGCGUCGGUCACGCCGCUGUGGCCAGUGCUCAGGCUGCCAGGUUCCAGAAGAUUGUGGCGUGUGUACUAACUGUCUCGACAAGCCUAAGUUUGGAGGACGAAACAUUAAAAAGCAAUGCUGCAAGAUGAGAAAGUGUCAGAACUUGCAGUGGAUGCCCUCAAAAAUGUUUCUUCAAAAGCAGGGCAAAGGCAAGAAAGAUAAGAAAAGGAACAAGCUGUCUGAGAAGAAAGAGGGUCUUACUCUGGUGAAAGGACCAAACUCAGAGUCUGGCCCCAAAACUUCUCCUGCUCCAUCAAAGGAGGAGCCUCCUCGUAAAAAGAGUGAAACUCCUCCACUAAAGCUGGGAGAGGAGAAGUCAAGACAGCAGCCAUUGUCGAAGCAAUCAUCUCCAGCCCUUGCAUCUUCCUCUGAACCAGACGAACCCUCUCAGGCACCCAGCACAGUCACAGCCCAGGCUCAGUCUCCAGCCCUGACACCGGACCCCAAACAGCUCUCAGUCACGAGCAGUGUCGUUAGCAAAAAGGGACACAAACCACAGCAGCCUGUGUCAGCUUCCACCUCCACGUCAUCCUCUUCCACUUCAUCUUCUUCUUCAUCCUCAUCUUCUUCCUCCUCGUCCUCUUCAGCCCAGAAUUCCCCAUCCCAGUCAACGCAAUCUUACCAACCAUUACAACAGCAGCAAAGGCCAGUUUCUAGUCAGGCACCUUCAAAAAAAGAUGCUUCACCCAAGAUUUCUCUGAGCGAACCCAAGAAGAAACCCCAGCAGCACUCAUCACAACAGCAAAGUUCAUCAACAACAAUUUCAGAUCCAGUUGAAACAAAACAGUUGAAGAAGCAAACUUCUCGCUCUGUUCCUCUGUCACCUACCAAACACAGACCAAAAGACAAGAAGCCGCUGACCACUAAACCCCCCAGCAGCAGUACUUUAAACUGGCUGAGCACUCCCUCGACUAGGGGCCAGGUAAAGUCCAGAGCGCCCUGCGACGGAGUGCAUCGUAUCAGAGUGGAUUUUAAGAGGGACCAUGAUGUGGAAAAGGUGUGGGAGGCUGGUGGCCUCAGCCUGCUCACCUCUGUGCCUGUCACACCCAGGGUGCUCUGCUUCCUAUGUGCAAGUAGUGGAAAUGUUGAGUUUGUGUUCUGCCAGGUAUGCUGUGAACCGUUUCAUCUCUUUUGCCUGGGGGAGUCAGAGCGCCCUCUCCAGGAGCAGUUUGAGAAUUGGUGUUGCCGAAGAUGCCGAUUCUGCCAGGCCUGUGGGCGCCAGCACCAGAAAACUAAACAGCAGCUGCUAGAGUGCGAUAAGUGCCGCAACAGCUAUCACCCGGAGUGCCUGGGUCCCAACCACCCUACCAGACCCACCAAGAAGAAGAGAGUCUGGGUUUGCACCAAGUGUGUGCGCUGUAAGAGUUGUGGAGCCACUAAACCUGGGAAGUCCUGGGAUGCCCAGUGGUCACAUGAUUUCUCCAUGUGUCAUGACUGUGCCAAACUCUUUGCUAAAGGGAACUUCUGCCCACUGUGUGAUAAGUGCUAUGAUGAUGAUGACUAUGACAGCAAGAUGAUGGAGUGUGGCCGAUGCAACCACUGGGUCCAUGCCAAGUGUGAGAAUCUUACAGAUGAAAUGUACGAACUGCUGUCAAAGCUGCCAGAGAGUGUUGUCUACACGUGUAGCAAAUGUACUGAACGCCAUCCAGCUGAGUGGAGGACAGCGCUGGAGAGGGAGCUUCAGGGCUGCAUUCGCCAUGUCCUCACUGCACUGCUCAACUCACGCACAUCCACACACCUGUUACGCUACAGACAGGCGGUGAAGCCUCCAGAGCUGAAUCCAGAGACAGAGGAGAGUCUUCCAUCCCGUCGUUCCCCAGAGGGCCCAGAUCCUCCCGUCCUGACCGAAGUCACCCCGACACCUCCCAGUGACUGCCCUCCAGACCUGGAGUCUGUUGAGAAAAAGAUGGAUCAAGGCCGGUACAAUUCAUUGAUGGAGUUUAGUGAUGACAUCGUGCGAAUCAUUCAGACAGCCAUCAACGGUGACGGAGGCCAGCCUGAGAGCAGGAAAGCCAACAGCAUGGUGAAAUCUUUCUUUAUUCGGCAAAUGGACCGGAUCUUCCCAUGGUUCAAAGUAAAAGAGUCCAGGUUCUGGGAAAGGCAAAAAGUCUCUGCCAACAGUGGGCUCCUCCCAAAUGCUGUGCUGCCUCCAUCCCUGGACCACAACUAUGCGCAGUGGCAGGAGAGACAGGAGCUUUCCCGUGCUGAGCACCCCCACCUCAUGAAAAAGAUCAUCCCAGCUCCCCGGCCCAAGACCCCUGGUGAACCAGAUUCUCCAGCCUCCCCUCCUCCAGCAGUCCCUCCCUCUCUACCCCCACCUCCCCCACUCCUACCUGAUCGUGAAGACAGCCCAGAGCUCCCUCCCCCUCCAGGUGUCACUGACAACAGGCAAUGCGUCCUGUGUCUGAAGUAUGGAGACGAGAACACUAAUGAGGGUGGCAGGCUGCUGUACAUCGGUCAGAAUGAGUGGGCCCAUGUGAACUGUGCCCUGUGGUCCGCUGAGGUGUUUGAAGAUGAUGACGGCUCUUUGAAAAAUGUUCACAUGGCUGUUCUCAGGGGAAAACAGCUGCGCUGUGAGAAGUGUCAAAAGCCAGGGGCCACAGUUGGCUGCUGCCUCACCUCUUGCACCAGCAACUACCACUUCAUGUGUGCCCGCCAGUGCCACUGCGUUUUUCUGGAAGACAAGAAAGUCUACUGUCCAAAGCACAGGGACCUUAUCAAAGGAGAAGUGGUGUCUGGGUUUGAGGUGACCCGCAGGAUCCUAGUGGACCUGGAGGGCAUUAGUCUCAGGAGGAAGUGGCUGGCAGGACUGGAGCCUGAAAAUGUCCACAUGAUGAUCGGCUCCAUGACCAUUGAUUGUUUGGGAAUACUGACUGAACUCUCAGACUGCAAACGCAAACUGUUCCCUGUAGGGUACCAGUGUUCAAGGAUGUACUGGAGUACUUUGGAUGCUCGAAAGCGCUGUGUAUAUACCUGUAGGAUCCUAGUUUGUCAUCCUCCAGUGGCCGAGUCUGAUCUAAGGAGCAUGAUGGCACCUGAGGAGAAUCGCACAAUAGCACACAGCCCACCUCCCAUUACAGACUUUCCUGAUCCAUUUGAAUCCCCAAGGCGCUCUGAUACCCUUUCCCCUGCCAGCACCCCCAAACUCAGGGUUUACACGAGGAACCGACACCCCAGCUACCCCCCUUGUCAGCGCUCAUUGGGUCCCAGGCCCAUGCCAUCUCCAGGAGGGACCUCGCAGCCCCAAAGCCAUGAGAUUGUAACAGUGGGAGACUCCCUGGUAAAGCCUGGCAUGCGGAACAUUGACUCACGUCGUCACAGCUCCCCUUCGCUGUCUCCUCCUCCCCACCAGCUGAACAGGCAGAGAGGACUGACCUCCCUGCCUCAGAUUUUGUCACGACCUCUAACAUCACCCCCUCCCCUCAUUCCCUCCCCUGCCAGAGACCCCGAAAAGUCCAAACACCUCAGUAAAGACUCAGCAAAGAACGCGGUCCAUAGAGAUGAUGAAAGAGGUAGACUGUCUUCCACAGACAGAAGCAGACAGCAACUAUCCAGAGAACAAGGAUUGAGAGAUGCAGACAAGGGGAGAAUGUCAAGUCGAGACCAAGCUUCUAAGGAGUCUGACAAGAGUAGAUCCUCCAGAGAACUUGGGCAAAAAGACUCAGAAAAAGGAGACAUUUCAGCCAAAGAGGCAGAAAAGAGGAGACCAUUGAGUAAAGAUUCAGGUUUGAAAGAAUCUGAGAGGGGAAGGACUUCUAGUAGAGAUCACAUAAGAGAUUCAGAAAAGGGGAGACCAGAAAAAAGAGACUCUGAGAAGGGGAGACAGUCAAGCAGAGACUCAAGCACUAGAGAAACAGACAAGAGUAAGUCAUCCUCUAGAGAUUCCAGCUAUAAGGACAUGGACAAGGCUAGGUCACUCAAUAGAGAUAUAACACUAAGGGAUUCUGAAAAGCAUAGACAAUAUAGCAGGGAAACAGGUAAAGACUCAGGCCAAGGUAAAGACAGACCUUCAAGCAGAGACUCUGACAAGGCUAGACCUCCCUCUAGGGAUUCCAGUCAUAGAAGCACAGAGAGAAGCAAAGACUCUGGCUCAGGGAAAGAUGGUAACCCUGGCAGUCAGUCCAAACAGACUGGAGGUGAGAGCAAGAACCCAAGACUGGUACCUGCAGGCUCAGGCCAGUCGUCCCCUCCUGUGGGCACUGCUGUUCUCACAAGUCAGCAAAGAGGUAGCAGCACCAAGCAGAUGGACAAGCAAGGGAAACAUGGAAGCAAAGAUCAGGAUGUUUCUGCCAGCCUCAGUUUGUUGCCUCGUCACCGGUCCACCCCCACCUCUAACAUCCAGUGCAAGGACAAGGCUAGCUCAGGGAAGGAGAGUAGUAGUGGCACUGGAAAUUUAAUAUCAUCUUCACUCCAUAAAGAGACUUUCAUUGGGAAAUCUGGCUCCCCACAGCCUUCAUUUCAGAAAUCCAAUACACGUAAAUCAAAUGAUUACUCAUCAGGUCCACCCACAGCAGCAGCUGUGAAGCCCCUGUGGUCAUCACGGACAUCAGUGGAAGAUGAUGUUGUGAAACGAGGCUCCAUGCAUCUGGCCUCUCCAGCUGCAGCCUCAGCUGCCAAAGACAAACACCCCAAAGUUAAGACAGCAGGCAGCAGAGAUGUGUCCAAAGACCGCGAUAGAGAGAAGACCCUUCAUAACAGCAACAGCAGCAACAAAAUCCCCCUUCUCAACAAUAAUACUAAAGCUACUGGCAGCUCCAACACACAUGUUACAAACCCCAGCUCUCACAACAGCAGCAAUAGUAAAGCUCCAGUGCUUGGAAACAGCACCAAAGCCCAUGGGAAGGCUCAGGGGGACAAGCAUGAGAACCAGGGAGUGGACAGGUCGUCCUCAAAGAGCAGAGAAAAUUACUCCUGUCCAGAGAGGAAGAACAGCUCUAGUCUGGACAGCUUACAGCAGGCUGGUUUAACUACAGAGAAAGGAGUGAAGACCUCUUCCCAGUCGCACACCAAACAAACAACUAAUCAGCUGACGUUGUCCUCCAGAGAUAAAAAGCGAGCAGUUAAACCACCCACUGCACCUCCUCUGAAGACUGAUGUCAAGAUUGAUCCUAAUGGGACCAACACUGUUGGUGGUAUUUCUUCUUCGUCAUGUCCCACCUCCACUGCCUCCACUGUCUCUCCUGCUGUCCAAGGGACCCAUCGCUCUGCUCGCUCUGCUCUCUUCUCCUCACCAUCUGCCAGCAGUAGUGACAGCUCUGAAUCUGACACCCAGACUCACACAGAGGAAGAUGAUCUGCACAAAGAGCACUCGUGCGGUGAGCUCCGAGACCACCGCAGCCUCCUCGCUCAAGGCACAGAGGAUGAGGGUGACGGCCCAGAAGAUGACCAUGACAGAGGUAUGGAGGAUAAACAUCAUGAGGAUGACAGUGAUGGAUCAGGGUCAGCCAAGCGGCGUUACCCUCGUCGCAGCGCCCGGGCACGCUCUAACAUGUUUUUUGGCCUCACGCCUUUCUACGGGGUUCGCUCAUAUGGUGAAGAGGACCUUCCUUUCUACGGCAGCGGGGAUGGAGGUGGGGCUGUGGUUAAGAGAAGGACUGGUGGCCGCAAGAAGUCAGCUGAGGGUCAGGUGGAUGGAGCAGAUGAUAUGAGCACCUCAUCUUCAUCAGGGGAGAGUGGGGAGGAUGAAGACAGUGGAAUGAAACACAGAGGUAAAGAUCCUUACUACUACAACUUCACACGAACAAUAAUUAACCCUGGUGAAGGCCUACCAUCUAUAGAAGGAUUAGACCAGUGUCUGGGAAGGGGAUCCCAGCUUCAGCGCUUCCUAAAAGAUGAGGAACAGCAACAACAAAGGGCUCAAGAAAAAGCUGAAGAGGAAAUGCUGAGUGCUUUGACCUUAGGCAAGCAGCGUAUCGGCCAGCUUGAUGGCGUCGAUGAUGGCUCAGAGAGCGACACCAGCAUCUGCACCACCAGCACCACAACCACUACAGCCACCUCCUCUUCCACCCCACAUAAGAGCACUCCUAAGAGGAGGGCCAGAGAAAGGCACACUGAGAAACCUGACUCCCAUGACUCAAGCAAGGAGGCUGACAACAGUGGUGGAGCCGUAAGCGGCAACACGCGAGAAAGCAGAAAGAACCAGAAGGAAAAUUGUCUUCCUCUAGGAGGCGGGGUCAAGUCCCAGCCCCAGAGUCAGGGUCAGGAUCCUCUUGAGGCCCAACUGUCCCUCAGCACAGACCUGCUCAAAUCAGACUCUGACAACAACAACAGUGAUGACUGCGGGAACAUUUUGCCAUCAGACAUCAUGGAGUUUGUCCUGAACACACCUUCCAUGUCGUUGCCGGCUCUGGGUCAACAAUCGGAGCCGUCCUCCUCAGAGCUGCUACUGGACGAGAGCUACGUUGGAGUGGAUGUCAACAGGCGUAAAGACAUCCUGUUUGAUGACUUUUCCCAGCCGUUGCAAAGUGCUGAAAGCGGAGGGGUUGUUGAGAGUAGUGUGAAUAGCUCCAUAUCUGUAGAGGAGCCGUAUCUUCCUCUGGAGCUGCCAUCAGACCUCUCUGUCCUGACCACACGGAGCCCUACUGUCAGCACCAGUCAGAACCACACUCCUGGGAGUCUCAUAUCAAAUACCUCAGACCGCACCAUGCUGGGCUUGAACUCUGACCCAGAGAACAUCAGUGGAGAAAAGAGUGGGGACAAGAAAAGAGCAGGACCAGGUGUGUCCCCAUCAGAGAAUCAGCAUGAUGCUACAGCUUUGGGAAACAGGGACACACAGGUCACAGAAGGUCACAUGACUCCUGAACAGUUUAUUCCAAGCCCUGCUAUUGGCCAGGUGGUUGAACCUCCAGCUAACCAGGAUGUUCCCAGGAGUUCUGGUACACCCGGUUUGCCAAGUUCCCCCUCCCUGCCUCUUCAGGGGCAAAAGUACCUCCCAGCUUCAGCAGCAGCUGCAGGCAGCCCCAGUCCGGUGCCUGGCCCAGGACCUUCUCAGGCUCAGGUUUCCAGUCCAGCAGUUAUCAAACCAGGCCCCGACAAGCUCAUUGUGGUCAAUCAGCAGUUCCAGCCACUUUAUGUCCUUCAGACAGUCCCUAAUGGUGUCACACAAAAAAUCAGUGCAACAGGAGUGAUGGACACUAGCUCUUCUGCUGUACUGAGCUCCAUGACCCUCACCACGGGAUUGAAUACUGGCUUGUCUUCAGCUCAGCCAAUAAUUCCCGCUGGUGGCAAAUUCCUGGGCACUAUGCCUCACCCCUCUCAGAUUCACACCUUUGCAGGACCCACACAAACAGGCUUCCAGACAGGAAUACCCAGCACCACCUCAGGACUUCUCAUUGGUUUGCCCUCUCAGCCUCAUGACCAAUCCCAGAUUCUGGUCUCAGAGGCUGGUCGACCACAUGAGUUGGGCCACAGUGUUGCUAUAGUUUCCAGUCCCUCCUCUCUCACAUCUUCCCCAACUGUGCUUGCCUCUGCUCAUGGCAAGAAGAGGCCUAUAUCUCGUCUUCUGCCAAGAAAAAGCAAAAAGUUGGCCCGCUCUCGUAGCCAGCCCACUCUGGCCCCAUCUGAAGUUGGCCCUCCCAACAUGACCCUCAUCAACCUGUCUUCCCCUCAGAUUACUGCGAGCAUUCCUGGCCAACCUGGUAGCCUGGUUGAGUUAAGCACCCUCUCCACUUCCCAACGCAAGGUUCCUAAUAUUAUCAAGAGACCUAAAUCAGGUGGGGUUAUGUACUUAGAUCCCACUACUCUCCUUCAGCAGAGGAUUCCUGGUCCUGCUCAGACUGGUAUCUUGGGUCAUGAUUCCUCCACACAUCUCCUUCCUUGCACCGUCUCUGGUCUGAAUCCUAGUCAGUCAGUGCUGAAUGUAGUGUCUGUGCCCUCUAGUGGUGCUGCUGGCCUCCUUGCACCGGGAUCAGUGUCACUCUCCACCCCUGUCCUCAGCUCUACUGAGAUCACAGGGCCAAUUAGCAACCUCCUUUUCAAAGCAGGUCCACAUGGCUUGGGCCUGUCAGAUCAGCCAGUGGUCCUUCAAUCAGCAGGAGGAGCUCCUCUGAUGUCGCAGCUUAGCUCCUCCGUUCAGACAUCUAUAGCUAGCAGCAUCUGUGUCCUGCCCUCCCAACAGACUAUCAGCAUGGCUGUCAACCAGCAAGGAGACACAGAAGGCAGUAAUGUCCACUUACAGCACCAAUCUCAGCCCAUUAACAGAGCCCAGGCUGUGGACUCCUGUCCAAACAACACCGUUACUUUAGCUCCCAACCCAUCCACCCCUCUCAGCCCAGCAAAAGGACGUGUUGUUGGAGUGUUCACACAAACGCAAACCUCUGCACACUCACAGAGCAGUAGAACAACUCCUAUUCCAAGAUCGUCAGAACAUAGACCACCUAACUCCACCACAAUAGCUGCAGUUUCAGGAGCAGAAAAAGGCAAACAGAAAGCGAAGAGGAGCAGGCAGAGUCCAGACGUGAGCAGUGGGAAGAAGCUCAAGGCCUCUCAGGCAGAGGAGCAUCGCAGCAACCCUGCAGGAAGGCUUCCAUCCUCAAACCCAAGCUUCAAGGAGCUGAACUCCCCUGAACCUAUGGACACCGGCAAGCCCCCAGACAAGGCAACCAACAGGAGUGUUCUUGGGAAAAAGAAAACACCUGAAGGGCAGGUUUUAGCUGGGAAAGUAGUAGGAAAAGACAGACCAUCUGCAGCUGGAGGAGCAGGGUCCCUUCCUGUGGCUUCACCACCCGACCAGGAUGGAAACAGCAGGGAUGCUGGCUUGGAUAGCAAACCCAAAAAGGGCAUCAUCUUUGAAAUCUGCAGUGAGGAUGGCUUCCACAUCCGCUGUGAAAGUAUUGAAGAGGCCUGGAAAUCCCUGACUGAUAAAGUGCAGGAAGCUCGCUCCAAUGCCCGACUCAAAGAGGUCUCUUUUGAAGGUGUGAAUGGACUGAGGAUGCUGGGAGUCGUCCAUGAGGCUGUGGUCUUCCUACUGGAGCAGCUGUACGGAUCCAGACACUGUCGGAGCUACCGUUUCCGUUUCCACAAACCAGAGGAAACGGACGAACCUCCCAUCAACCCCCACGGCUCGGCUCGGGCAGAGCUCCACCACAGGAGGUCUGUGUUUGACAUGUUCAAUUUCUUGGCCUCAAAACAUCGGCAACCUCCUGAGUACAGGCCGCAGGAAGAGGAUGAUGAGGAAGGGCAGCAGAGGACUGCCAGGCGUGCCUCCAUGGAGCUACCACUUGCUGUGAGAUUCAAACAGCUCAAGGCAACCUCUAAGGAGACUGUUGGAGUCUACAGGUCUCCCAUUCAUGGUCGAGGUCUGUUCUGCAAGAAAACCAUUGAGACGGGGGAGAUGGUCAUUGAAUACUCUGGAAAUGUCAUUCGGUCUGUGCUCACUGACAAGCGGGAGAAAUACUAUGAUGGAAAGGGUAUUGGCUGUUACAUGUUUCGCAUCGAUGACUAUGAGGUGGUAGAUGCCACGGUUCAUGGCAACGCUGCCCGCUUCAUCAACCACUCCUGUGAGCCCAACUGCUACUCUCGGGUCAUCACCGUGGACGGCCAGAAGCACAUUGUCAUCUUUGCCUCUCGCCGCAUCUACUGUGGAGAGGAGCUCACGUACGACUACAAGUUCCCUAUUGAGGAUGCCAGCAACAAGCUGCCCUGCAACUGCGGUGCAAAGAAGUGUCGCAAGUUCCUCAACUGACACCGGCAUCUAAACAACCUAAAGAGGACUGCUGAUGAGGACACCCCUGCUAGGAGUUUGGCCAUGUCACUGGUUUUAUACCGAUUUAAUUGGUCCAGUCUGCGACGGACCACAGCUGCCAAGAUGGCACGAGCUGUGCCAGUGUUCCUGCUGCUGGUGUUGACAGACCACAGCAGGGGCAGCAGUUGUCGGUGUAUACUGUAUAUGCAGAAAGGGCCAUUUUGGAGGACGGGCCAUUCGUAGAAAUUCCAACAUAUUGUGCCUCCUUUUGUCUCAUUUACAUUUGGCACGGGAAGUUUCACCUUCAGAGGUGAGUAAUGAGAUCACAGCACUGCAAUAUUCUAAGUUUUAUUUAUAUUUGGAUGAAAAAGUUACCCCUUCAUAAUUUUUUACAUUGGCCCAUCCUCCUUACUUUUUUAGAAAUAUGUUAUGGUCUACUAAUGCUGAGAUGUGAACACAGAAGAAAAAAAAAUCAAAGAACUUGGUUCCAUUUUACACCAAAGUGCAAUUUGUUGAAGGGACUUGUAACAGUAAUUUUACAAGAAGUAAAAAUUAGAAACUUGUUAGAUUUUUUUUUUGUUUCUAUCUCAGUGUCAGCUGUUAUUGAUGCACAUCUCCCUGUCUGAAUGUGCCCUGAUGCCUUCAGAGCUGUUGUGAUUUACUGGAACCUUUCCCUGACCAAACUUUUAUAGAAGCUUGUGGGUGUGUACAUUUGACACUGUAAAUAGGGGCUGCUUGUGUAUGGCAGCCUGAUAAGAGCUGUACAGGUGGAAACACUAGGGGGAGCAGUGGCCACAGAAAAGAAGAGAGAAAAAAGAGACAAGGGAGGGGGGAAGUUCUUUUUUUAAAAAAAAGAAAAGAAAAAGCAAAUGUUUAUUUUUGGCCAUUCGUGUAAAGGAUGAUAUCUGAGGUUGAUACCAUUCGAUGUACUUAACUUGACUUUUAGUCGGACAGCUUGGUAGCUAUGUUGACAUGUUGUUGAUGGGAUGAAGCCUCUGGCCUGAGAGAGCGAGGCAGCUAGAGAUUCUGGUGGACUGACAACCGAGGGACCAGAGAAACCUACUGAUGUGCUUGAGUAGACAUAUUUAUAAUUGAUUUUUUUGAGCUGUGUCUCAGACACAGACGUACUGACAGACAUGUUGCAAGUUUGUGCAUGCUGUUGUUAUUAUCAAACUUGUUAUAAGCUUGGACUUUUGAAUCACGUUCCAAAUUACAGCAGCAAAGAGAACCAAACGUCACGCCCUUGAAUUAAAUUUUCACACAGCUUGUUUUCUUCUUGGCCUGUUGUGAUAACCAUUACUAUGGAAAAAUGUUUUUUUAUUUGUAUUGUCUUCUAAAGUCUUGUCUGUUAUCUGUCUUUUUAUUAUGGACAGGGAAAUAUCAUGCUUGCUUUUAAAAAACAAAUGUAAAUAAUGUAUAUUUUUCUACAAAAAAUCUUAAAAAGCACUCACUAGUGAAUAGCACUUAAUGAUGGUAUUUAUAUUUUUAAAAAAUCGUAUUUAUUUUAUUGCCAUUUUUGUAGGAAAUAGAGGUUUACAAACACUAAUGCUUGGUCUCUAUGUUUUGUAUUCUGCUGCCUUUUCAAAAGUUGUUUUUUUUUUUUUUGUUGUAAUUUUGUUUUUGUUUUUUUUUAUUUGUAGCCUGAAUGUUUUCUUUGAUUCCAAAGACUGACGCUGGUCUGUGGCUUGGUCCCCUUUUUAGUUCAGUCCACCAGUAGCUCUUUAUCUAUCCCGGGCCGUUUGGUCAGAGUUGACGUUUUUUUUUUUUUCAUUGUUUCAGUUCUAGCUGGCAGUAUGGCAGUCAUGUGAACUAUUAUUAUGCACUUGAGAGAGUUCAGAUUGUUGAUCCAUAGCAGAUAUCUCCUCUCUCCAGCCUUAUUGUCUCCACACAUCACACCGAGAAUCAAGUCCACUUACAGGCUGCUACCAAGCAGUCAAACCGAAGUGAUUCAGUUUUCCGUCAGUAAUCAGCCGAGUGUCAGCAGGCGUACAGCCAGUUGGCUGCAAACAAACUAUUCACACAAGUAAAAUUCAACAACAGUUUAAGGUGUUAUGUCCCUCUGCAGACUUGGUCUAUAAUAAAGAGGUGCCUUUAUUUUAAUUCUGUUUUAAUUCCAACAGCUUUCAUCAUAUCUCCACUGAGCCAAUUUGUUCAUUUAAAGAAAACAUGUCGUCCUGGUGACUGCUCAUCAGUGCUCACCAGCAUUUGGAAAGCAUUUGUUUCAUCCAGUCUCCUUUCCUUGUAGUUUGCCUUAGUUGAAAAUGAGCACGCCUCUUCUUUCUUACAAGCCUUCAUGUCCCGGACCGAAUAUUUCAGCAGAUUGUUUAGACUGACUGGUUCCACUAUGAAGUCAAUUACUUGGUUUUGUCCCUUUUAAUUAAUUUAUUGUCUGCCGUUCAUGCUGACUUCGUUAUCACCUAAAGGCCGUUAGCAGUUACUCCCACACUGCCCCUUGUUGUGAACUGAAACUAAAAUAUGACCCACAAAUGGUUUGCACUUUAGCUGUGACACAGGCACUGAACAGACAUAGGAAAACUCAGCUCUCUCCCUCCAGACAGACAAUGCAACUCCAAUGCUGAAACCACAAGCACAGAUAGUCACUGAGGAUGCUUCGCGCAUUGGGCUCUGAUACAAAACUGAGUUUGGUCGACUUGGAAUGGUCUUGAUGACUUCUGACAGCGGUGUUUGAGGCUCUAGCAAAGUGCACUUGACUCUUUUUCUGCAACAAAGUGAAGGCAGGGACCACACCAGCAGCCCUCUCCUUCCUGACGGUGUAGUUUGUGCAAACCUUGGCUGUGCUUUUUCCACUGAGACCCCCCCGCCCCACCUUUACUGACAGGCCAGCCUCGCGGUUGUACAGCGGCACCAACAUUGGGCUCGCUGGGAUCUGCUGCUAAGGUCAACAAUGAAUGUAUAUUCUUCCUCUGCAUCACCAGACUCGUGAUGAUACUUUGUCAGCUGUGUUUGUUUUCAGUUUCUCGUGUCAGCAACCCUGGUAGUUGUGGAAGAUGUGUAGAUGUGACCUCAAACUGGGCAGCAGCAGCAGUUUCAUUUCAGCACUGGGAAUUAUACUGAGGUGUGAACAGCGGUGGCAUUUCUGUCUGUAGAACAACCGGUUAGCUCAAACAGUUCACGCUAGCAUCGGUGAUGACACGGUCACGGAUGCCAAGGGCUCUGUCUACGACUCUCACUUCACGAGAUCCACUCCUGCAUUUUCAGGGUCAGAAGGUUCAGUCAUUUAUUUCACUGUUUUAAACAGCAUAUAUACAAUAAGGAAAUGGUCUCUGUUGUUUCUUUGGACUUCAUUUUUACCACGCCACACCAGUGGCCCUUCUCCGUCGGUAUCUGUAAUUAUAGUAUAAAUACUUAACAAUAUUAUACAGAAACAUGCAUAGUAAUUUCUUGUACUUUAGUAUCUAUACAAUAUAUGGAAUGGACAGACAAACUUAGUUACAGUAGCAAAACAGGAGAUUUAUAAUGGUUAAUAGCAAUGUUUCAAUGUACUCUAUAAUGGUUUUGUGUUACAGUACUAUCAGAUAAAACUAACGUGCAUCAUUCUUUUGUAUAUUGAUAUCCAGUACCAAUUUUGCUGUGCCUGUGAGUGUUCCUUCGCCAGCAAGGAGCAUUGCAGUUUUUCUUUUAUUUUCUCUCUGGAAAGAAACGGUUUUUAUGUGAUGAGAAAUGUAACUGUAUUAAUGUGGUUGUGAACUUCUUGAGGUCAGCCAUUUAGUUUUUUUUUUGUUUUUUUUUCCUGUUUGUUUUUUUAUUUUCUUCUGGUUGUUGUAGUGAAUGUUUUCUGUUUUCUUUCUUUCUUUUUUUUUAUUUUUUUUUUUUACAUUUUAACAGGGACUUUUUAGACAGCUUACUUGAUGGCUAAAAUUAAAGAGAUUUGGUUUGUGGAGACUGACCAGGAGUUUAAAGAUCCCACCAAAAUGUCUUUUUUCUUUUCCUUUUGGAAACCUCUCAUGUCUCCCUGACCACCUCUCUCUCCUCCGAAGCUUUGGUUGUACUUAUUAUGUACUGUUUUUUUUUUAAUAGAAAGUCAUAAUGCUGAAAUAAUGCUGAUGUUGAAAACAUUUAAUUUAUUUAUUUUGUGCAACAUCCACCCUGAAUUGUUCUUUUACAAGUCAAGGUUUUGGAGAGGUCGGGCGAAUACUUAACCUGUAUUUGUAAUUUUCUAAUUGUUUCUUGUAUAGAAGUUGUCAGCCGAGGAUGGGAUGUGGUGUCACAGAGAAAGCGUACAAUAGGAUGUUGAAAAAAGGA